AGGAGACGUCCAUCGUACGCUUAAUUCAUAACCAUCCAUCAGACGCCGAAGCGUAAUAAUGUUUAUUCUUAUUUUACGGCAAACAUUGUCACACAGUGAAUUAGUGUCUUAGCAUAAUUCCAUCUGCGUCUGGAAGUUUUUCAGCCAUGUGUAACCUGUGCAUGCACCGGUUGUAUGCUGCUUGCAUCGAAGAAGUUUAGAGAAUACCAAAGCGGAUAUACCCAGUUUUAUUAUAUAUGCGAACCAGCUUGUAGCGACUUACUCAUCCGGAAAGCAUUCGGUGACCUUUCCAAUGAAAGGGCAAUAAUUAUGUGCUUUUUGGCACAGCUGCAGAUAUCAAUGUGCGCUUUAUUGCAUUUAAUGGGUCCUACUAAUGGAUUUUUUGGACUAACAUCGCACCGACGUGAAUUUGAUGACGUCAUUGUCCCAACUUUAAUGAAGGAAAACCCGUUAAUUAGUAAUCAAGUUUUGCCGGGAUAUCAUGGAUCUAACCAGUUAUUUUCUGGAGACGAUUGCCGACCUUUGUAUUUGCACCGGAAGCAGAGAGAUGUCUGCCGGACCCACGAAGGAUUUUCCGAAACACUAAAAGAAGCCAUUGUUUUGUCCGUAACUGGAUGCCAGAAAGAACUACGGUAUGAACGGUGGAAUUGUUCGUUAGGAAGGUCACGAAGAUUUCUGCUAAAGAAACGCUAUAAAGAAACGGCUUUUCUGAACGCCAUCAAUGCCGCAAGUUUAAUCCAUACAUUUUCCCGUGCAUGCAGUCGUGGUCAAUUGGCAUCGAGCUGUUCCUGUCAGGCAUCUUACAACGAAAUAUCCUCCAUGGCACUUACUGCAAUGGAUGCAGCGUGGCGGUGGAGUGGUUGCAGCGACAACACCGACGCUGCAGAAGCGAUAAUUCGCAACUUUGCCAAUAAAAAACAGCUUGGAAGGAGUUCCAACGUAAAUCAUAUCGAUCAGCACAACUUUAAUGUGGGAUUAAAGUUGGUUAAAAGGAAGCGCUCAACUGUUUGCAAGUGUCACGGAGUGUCGGGAUCGUGCUCAACGCGUUCCUGUUGGACUGUUGUGCAGCCAAUGGCCAAAACCACGAAAGCGAUUAGGAAGAAAUUCCUUUCUGCUAAGAAAAUGACAUUUGAAAAAAACGCCCAACGAUACCGGCCUGCAGACACGUCUUCCAAAUCAAACGUCGCACUCUAGGCGAUUGUUCCAAACUCCGAAAUAUGCGGCGGAUAGCGAUUUGCCGGCAGAACAACUCGUCUACCGGUCUGCUUCUCCCGAUUUCUGCGCGGAAUCCAGCUGGCUCGGUGGUGUCGCGGGACGACCGUGCCAGUCUAAGCCAUCCAUUGGGCUGAGUUAUUUCGGAUCUCAAAUUGCAAAACGAUCGUCAUGUUCGGUUCUCUGCUGUCCACGCAAAGGUUAUCAUGCGAAAAUGGAAGUCAUACCGCAACUGUGCAACUGCACUAUGGAUCAUCUUGUCGUUGACUGUGAUCACUGUCUUAAAAAAAUAGUGAGUUACUACUGCAAUUAAACAGCGCAUUUAAAU